AUGACCACUUACAAGAUUGCCUCUAUUCCGGGAGAUGGAAUCGGAACAGAGAUCACCGAGGCCGCUGAGAAAGUCCUUGACAAACUGGCCGAGGUAGUAGGAAUCUCCAAGUUCGAAUGGACGACCUUCGAUUGGUCUUCAAAGGCUUACCUAGAGCGUGGCUGGUACAUGCCUGAAGAUGGCAUGCAGCAGCUUGCAAAGCAUGAUGCUAUCUACUUCGGCGCAGUAGGAUGGCCAAACGUAGCAGAUCAUAUUUCUCUCUGGAGCCUGAUUCUUCCGAUCAGGAAGUACAACAACCAAUAUGUUAAUGUUCGCCCAACCAGGAUCCUUCCUGGCACCACGGCUCCGCUGGCGCAAUGUCAGAAGAGACCACAGGAUCUCGACUGGGUGAUCAUCAGAGAGAACAGCGAAGGAGAGUACGCUGGGCAGGGCGGUACCACACACGAUAAUUCUCCUCACACAGUUGCCACUGAAGUGGCCAUCUUCACACGUGUCGGUAUUGAACGCAUUAUGCGAUUCGCGUUCGAAACGGCAAAGAGCAGGCCUCGGAAGAAGUUGACUAUGGUCACCAAGUCAAACGCCCAACGUCAUGGAAUGGUGCUAUGGGACAAAGUCUUCUAUGAGGUUGCAAAGGAUUAUGAAGGCAUUGUUGAGCACGACAAAAUGCUGGUCGAUGCGAUGACUGUGAGGAUGGUGAACAAACCCGAGAGCUUAGACACAAUCGUGGCCACCAACCUACACGCCGACAUCUUGUCUGAUCUGGCCGCCGCCUUGGCCGGAUCCAUUGGUAUUGCGCCGUCUUCCAACCUCGAUCCAACUCGGCAGUAUCCUUCUAUGUUUGAGCCCAUACAUGGCUCGGCACCAGACAUUGCAGGGCAGGGCAUUGCAAAUCCAGUGGGAGCAUUUUGGUCAGCAGCUGAAAUGGUUCGAUGGAUUGGUAAAGGUUCACUCGAUCAUGUUGCUGAUGACUUCAUGAAGGCCAUUGAGGCCGUGACCAGCAACAUAGAGACCAGGACACGUGAUAUGGGUGGUUCGGCGAGCACCCAACAGGUUACCGAUGCUGUGCUCAAGCAGAUCGAGGUCAUCUUCGGUGAAAAGUAG